GCGGCGUCUGCCCGGAGCUAACAUGGCGCUGAGCGCGCUUCCGGGCCAGCCCGGCGGCGGCGCGCGGUCCGCCGCUCCCGGCAUGCUCCGCGCGGGGCCGGGCCCAGAGCUGCCAAAAUGGCGGACUUCGAAGACCGGGUGUCGGAUGAGGAGAAGGUGCGUAUAGCUGCAAAAUUCAUCACUCAUGCACCCCCUGGAGAAUUCAAUGAAGUGUUCAAUGAUGUCCGGUUACUGCUCAGCAAUGACAAUCUUCUCAGGGAAGGAGCAGCACAUGCAUUUGCACAGUAUAACAUGGAUCAGUUCACUCCGGUGAAGAUAGAAGGGUAUGAUGAUCAGGUCUUAAUCACAGAACAUGGUGAUCUGGGCAACGGCAGAUUUUUAGACCCAAGAAACAAACUUUCUUUUAAGUUUGAUCAUUUAAGGAAAGAAGCAAGUGACCCCCAGCCUGAGGACACGGAAUCGGCUUUAAAGCAGUGGAGAGAUGCCUGUGACAGUGCAUUGAGAGCUUAUGUGAAAGAUCAUUACCCCAAUGGCUUCUGUACUGUUUAUGGUAAAUCUAUAGAUGGGCAGCAGACAAUUAUUGCCUGUAUUGAGAGCCACCAGUUCCAGCCUAAAAACUUCUGGAAUGGUCGUUGGAGAUCAGAAUGGAAGUUUACCAUCACACCACCAAUGGCUCAAGUGGCUGCAGUGCUCAAAAUCCAGGUUCACUAUUAUGAAGAUGGCAAUGUUCAACUGGUUAGUCAUAAAGAUAUCCAGGACUCUGUACAGGUUUCAAGUGAUGUCCAGACAGCCAAGGAAUUUAUUAAGAUAAUAGAAAAUGCAGAAAACGAGUACCAGACAGCAAUCAGCGAAAACUACCAGACGAUGUCAGACACCACUUUCAAAGCCUUGCGCCGGCAGCUUCCUGUCACCCGCACCAAGAUCGACUGGAACAAAAUCCUCAGCUACAAGAUUGGCAAAGAGAUGCAGAACGCUUAACGCAGGAAUGGGGAGAUGAGGAAAUGUUUGUGUGCAAAAACAAAUGUGGUCCUAUGCCAAGUAGAUGGUUUCUAAACCAGUGCAGCAUUUUUCUAGGGCUUUCAAAGUUAACAGGUUUUCUAGACUCAGAGAGAACUGUGGAACAAAUAGCAUUGUCUUUGUGUUUUGUGUUUCCUGCUGCAUAAACUUCCUGUUGUGACUACAUUUACUGAUAGGUUGUUUUAAUUAAGCCACAUUUCAUGGCUCAGAAGUGUAGCUGUUUUCAAUCACUGGUUGGAAAACUUCCUAGCUGGAAAAGCCCUAUUAUAAAUACAGCUGAGGGUGCAGAGCAUUCCACUCACCCGUGUAUAGCACUCCAGGUACUCCAGUAAGUUUGUCAAAUCUGCCAACAGCCCCCAGCGCUAUGCUGCAAGAUACAGUAAAUGCAAGAAACAGCGAGUCCUCGUGUAGCCUGACCUCCACAGAGCAAAAACCUGCAGGCUUAGGUUGUACUAUAUCAGAUGAGUUUACAAGACCCUUUACAGAACCCCCCCUCCAUACAGCCAGCUCUUCCAGGGACACAAUUAGUGGGUUUUUAACCUGAAGAUUUGAGCCAUGUUCCCUAAAAGUGAACGUUUUUGCUCUCCCCUCCCCUGUGUGUGUACGGUUAUCAGGCAUCUGCAUUUUUUACAGAGCUACAAGCUCCUGUGUUGAAUCACUGUUGAUCCAUGUAGGCUGGAUGGUGAUUAAAAGAUGCAAGUGUCUACAGAACAAUAGGUAUGUUGUGCUUCAAUGCUUUGUGGCAGGUUCCUAGAAUUUGUAUCACAGGUGUAUGGAUGGAUAGUGUACAAAAUAAAUAAAGUUGCACCAAAGUGAGAGAAAAAAUCCAUU